UUAGCUGCAAUUCUGCCUUAAGCUUUCUGGUAUUGCUAUCUAGUCUCUUUCGUAAGAUUUCGUUCCGUUGGACAGCCAACUGCGCGUGCACUCUCGCUAGCCGCCUCUCUAAAUCCACAGCGCCCUCUUGAGUUGGGCCUUUCGAGCCUCCCCGUCCUCGUUACCUCCAUCUCCACCCUCUUCCAAUGACAUAUUCCCACUAUCGUCUUCCUUCCUCAGCUACUGGCAAAACAGAAGGUGUUGCGUCUGGUGUAUACUAUGGCGUCGCGUCCCUGUCGCGCGGUUUGGGAGAAGAGUAUUCCAGGGCACUUUGUGUUGCCACAGAGGACGAUAUUUACUUUGAGUCUGCCUAGCGGACAGAAGAUCAGUUUGGGUCUUGUUUUUGCUUUGAGAUUCUUGGUCUGCAUCACCUACAGCAUCCGCAUCAUAGCUCUCUAUCUAGUAGCCACAACCCCAGAUCUAAUAUGGAAUAACAUCGGAGUCGCUAACUGGCCCUACAUCGAGCUCAACGCAGCCGUCACAUACGUCUCCCUUAGCACGCCCAAACCCCUGAUCUCUUGGCUCUUCCCUAACCUUCUUCCCUCCGCCGGAAAUCCAGAUUAUGACAAUUUUACUGCUGGCAUUAAUGUCAAAAUCAGCAAGUUUGCACUGGAAGCGGUUGGUGGGAGCGCAAAGUCGGAGUACUAGUAUGGGGACGUCAAAAAGUGAGACGGACAAAAUUUGAUAAAAAGGCAUAACGUUGAGCUGUGUGAUUUAUUAGCGGGAUAUUUUAGAGUUUUGAUACGGCAAUUGGCAGAUUUGGCAUUGGGAAUAGAGGGCUGCACUAUUGAUUACUA